ACCCAGCGAGGCUGAGAGGGCUAAUCCAGGCCAACUGGAUGCCUUGAGCAGAGCCUCGGUCUAUCUAUCUUCUAUCUAUCGAGCUUAGGCAUUACAAGUCAAGACUGACUGAUAUACUGACAGCUUUGGGUCAGCCGAAGCCAAAUUCAGACACGGGCCGAGGAUCUACUUCCCGCCGUGGACCACGGCCUCCUCGCUAGCCACGGACCCACUGGUGGCAUUGGGCGACCUGAACCACCGGAUGCCGCUCGGCCCUCCCCCGGCGGGCCCAAUCUGGCGGACACGCCCACUUGAUCAUGAAUCAGGUUGGGUGGAACGUGAGUGGGGGGCGUGAAUCGCCGGCCUGGGUGCGGGCCGAGACCUUCCAGCGUCAUUGGCAACAGCUCCGCGACAUCGCCACCAUUCAGAUGACCGUGCCCUCGGCGGACGAGAUGGUGGCUGUCCUCAACCUGCUGGACCAAAUGACGCGUCUGCUCGACCUCGAAAUGGCCCGCCCACUGGUCGCACCCGCCUCCACCGCUCGUCGUUCCGACGACCUGGCGCCUUGGCCGCCAACGGGCACCAGUUCGGGCGACCCUUCGCCCGCGCCCUCCUCGCCCUCCAGUCCCGACACCACGCCCCUCACGUCGCUCUCGCCGCUCUGCCGCGAUCUCCGGUUGCCGUGCCUCGAUCUGUUACUGUCGGAAAACGUCCUGGCCCACAUAUUAGCCACCUCACGCAUGCCGAUCGAUGAUUGUCAUUCGGACGAGUUACGCCGUCAGCAAUUGGUGCUCUACGAGACGUUGCUGAAUUCGGAUCAGGCCCCCACCCUCCUCACACACCAGCCCUUCCUCAAGCCCUUACUGGAGCUCCUGCAUCAGUUCGACCAAGAGCAGAUCGCUGCCUCGUCCUCCUCGGCCUAUUCAUCGUCCCCGUCGACCUUAUCGCCCAUGACCAUCUCCCGUGACACUGAGGUGCAUUUGGUUCUCCUGUUGAACCAACUGUGUCAACGCCUUAUGGAGAACAUGCACUUGUUGGACCUAUUCUUCCAUGCUUCCCACCCAGAACCCGAGUCUCCCGACUCGGCCGGUCAGCCCACGCGAUUCCUCAUUUUCUCCAUUCUCAUCCAUUACAUUCAUCGGGAGGGUCAUACCGGUCAAUUGGCGCGAGAUGCGCUCAUUCAUUGCAUGUCCUUGUCGCACAAAAACGAAGCCGUGGGGCGACACAUUGCCAAGCAAUCCAAUUUUUGUCCGGUAUUGGCCACGGGUCUAAGUGGUCUCUACUCUUUACUUCCUCGUCGUUUGCCCCGCCAUUUGGAGAAUGACCCUCAUUGGCAUCGGAUCGUGAUGUCGGAUUUAAACGCCAUGCCUGAAUUGGCCUCAUUUCUGUCGUCGUUGGAAUUCUGCGAUGCGGUCCUUCAGAUUGCCCAUCCCAAAGUCAGAGAACACCUCUUGGGGCUCAUCUACAUGGGAUUUCUCGUGCCCGUUUUGGGCCCAGCCCUCACACAGGAUUUAGCGUUGCACAACUUUGAUCGGAGAAAUCCUUCUGCACUGAUUUCUGAAGCCGAGGUGAUUUGCACGACAGCCUAUGUGGAUUUAUUCCUCCGGAGAUUAUCCGAGCCCUCGUUGUUGGCUGUGUUCCUCCGAUUCAUAUUCACGGACCAAUGCGACGAUAAGAGUAUCAUUGACACGCUCGUCAUCCGAAUCAGCUCUCAAACCAAGCUUUGUCAAGUGAGCUUGUCUCUGUUCGAAACCCUGAUCAACUUGAAUUGCGAGGACGUCUUGCUAUGGUUGGUGUUCCGGCAUCUCAUCCCACUCCGUCAUAUUCUCCCCAGCCAAAAGGACUUGAUCCGUGAGCCUGAUCUCCACGGACGAGCCGCUCAAAAGAUCCUCUCCCUCACGCCCAUCUGUUGUCAAGAGGCCACCUCCUAUUAUCUCGAGCACAAAAUGAACCACACCGCCAAUCAGUCCCAACAACACAAUGCCCUCGCCAAUUUCUGGAGCGGUUUGAGAAACAACCUCGUGUACUCCUCCAACGAGUCCGACCACAAUCGUCAUCCCCAUCCUCCUGAGGCCGUUCUCGUGGCUGAUGAGGCCUCGGAAGUUCUGAACAACAGCCACGGUGAUUCAAGGUUGAGAGGGCCUCCGUCUUCCAAAAUCGACGAGCGGAACCCGCUUCAGCGUCAGAGCGAAAACUUCAAGCAGUAUCUUCACGAUGCGAGGGCUUUGGUUCGACAUCGUUACGAAGCCUCUCUGGCUUGGCAAUACGACUACGACGGGUUGCGACCUCCGCCGGAUGCACUGAAGGCUUCAACCUCGGACAGUUCGGCGCCAAAGAUACGAGCACGUCAAGACAUGUCUAGCCCCAACGAUCUCUCCAUCUGUGAUACCAAUAGUGAUGGGCCUUUCAACUCCACGUCCCUCACAGAAACGGCCCCCAGUAGCGGCUAUUUGAGCCUUUCCCAUCCGAUUCAUUCAGCCCCGAAUGCAAUGUCGUCCUCAAUCAUGUCCUGCUCGCCCAUGACCUCAUCGGGACCCGUGUCCUUGAUCGAAGAAGAGGAUCGAGAGUUCUGGUCCCUGAUGAAUGACCCGGGCGUGUCCGAAGGACAAAUCAAAAGAGUCAUCAAGAAAAUGCAACUCCAACAACACCAGCCAAUUCAACAUCCCACCCACAACGCCGUUGCCGCUUCGCACCCGCUCUUGGAUGAACAGUUGAGUGUCAGCUCGGGCCAGAGUGGCGGUGAUCCCACCAAUGGUUCCGGUGGUCACGUGGGUCCAAUGGACGCCAACCGGGACCAAAUAUUGGGCCCUAAAGCAUCCAGUGGAGGAUUGCUCCAAGAGAAGGAGCAACUGGACUACGCCGUCACAAGUUUAGGCAUGUUCCUGGAUCUGCUCCUGGAGAAAGUAGAAUUGAUGGCCUCGAACAGCCUCUCAACCAACCUGUUGGUUACAAGCAUCCUCUCCUCGUUGGCUGCCUAUCCGCAACCUCUCCUGCGAGCCGUCCUCACCCUCCCGGACGUGGUGUUCCAACCGUCGGUGCGGGGUCUGUUCCAGGCCAUCGCCUCACUGCGACAGAAGCUGGACAACAUCAUGCCCACGCUGCCUGGUGCCGAGGAGGCCAUCAUACUCGCCCGCCGGUUCCUCACCGAGCGGAUCACGGCCAACGAGAAUGGACAUCACGUGGGUGCGGAUAAGAAGAAGAAGCGCCGAGAUUCUGUGGCCUCGACGAUUAGUCAAAUUGGCCAAGAGGCUCGCGCCCACAAGAGUAGCUUCACGGCAGCCUUCUCCUCCAUGUUUCGGAGUCGGAAGAACACGCCCAAUUCCUCGCCGGGUCCGGCCUCAUUCAACUCGUCCAUGAGUUCGCCGCCCCACUCAUUACUGAGCCACACCCUCCACCAGGGUGGCUCGAACGCCUCCCACUCAUCGGACGCCCACUCCUCCUCGUCUCUAACGGAAUCCUUGAACAAUGGCUACAAUCACGGCCACAGCCUGUCCAAGGAAGUGCGAAGCCAAGCUCUGGCCGCCGUGAUCCUGGAGGAGUGGCUCCUCGAACUGGCCGCCAUAGCACAAGAGCAAUCCAAUCGGCAGAAGGAGCAAAUCUUCGAGUUCGGCUUGGGCUUCGAUCCCCAUCGGAAUCCCUUCCACCAUCUGUCUUGCUCGUCCUCGUCGAGAAAAACGAGUGACGGCUCCAUGAGGCAUCAUCCUGAACAGCAAAGCUGAUACCGAAUGAUGAGAGCCUCCCUGACCAAAUCAUAUUAUUAUCAUCCUCAUUAUUAUUAUUAUUAUUAUUAUUAACAUUACUAUUACUAUUAUUAUUCAUAUUAUUCAUUAUUAUUAUGGCUAAUAUAAUUAUUCAUCCUAAUAUUUAGAACCGCCGUAAUAGCAAAAGGGGGGGUUCCCCCUGGUUCUCCAAUCAAAAUGCAGAAAAAGAAGAAUAAAAGCGCCCUUUAUUUAUUGAUGAA